CCUGUAUAGGUGCACUGCCAUCUUCAUAUGCCCUGAACGCAACAGGUCAGGGCACAGCACAAUAGACCAAGUAUGUUAGAAGGAACAAUAAGGCUGCUAUAGACCACCGGGUCACAGCGCGUGGCGAUGCGUCUACACUGCUCUCUGUAACUCAUGAGGCGAUAGUAUUAAAGGCAUGUGGGCUCCUUCAAACCACCUUCGCAUCUCAGCGCACCUCCAACUCGCCUGUCAUGGAACCUAUCACCCAAUUUCCUUUUACCGACCUUCCAGUAGAGCUGGCUCUCAUCAUCCUCAGAUAUUCCGCGAUACCCUCCUUUGAUCAGGACAACCUCUAUGAUGCUAGAAAUCCAUAUUCAUUUGCACUCGCACUCUGUUGCGUCUCCAGAGUUGUCAGGCGCGCAGUGCUUCCCGAACUCCUACACACCAUAUUAUUGCAGGACGCUCGAAACGUGAGACUGUUCGUGCAUGCUCUACGUAUGCAGAAAACGUACGCGGAGACAAAAAACCACCUUCAUUUUGAUUACGCACCUCAUGUACACAAGAUGUGGAUUGUAUCCCAGGGUGGGAAUCACGCACCAGCUCGCUUUCUCACUACCCCCCGAGCUUAUGCAACAAAACCAUCUGAGAGUGGGCUUGAUGUCAGCCUCUUGGCUCCGAUACUACUCGCUGCGCCGUCCCUUGCCCUUAGCUGGACAAGUAUGGACCUUCUUGCAGAAUGCCUGGAACAUGCAUGGACGUCCCGUGCAGCCACGCAUGUCAAUGACGAAAAUUCCCCACCUCCCUGGAACACCCAAACUCUGACGCUAUCGUGUACGCCCCCCACCACCGGCCCAUGGUGGGAGCGCCUCACGAACACUCCCCAGGGAUCCGCUUUCCUCGCUUCCAUAUCUCAUCUCUCAACCAACACAUCUGCAUCCGACUACAAGUCGUACACGAGUUCGGACGACCACCGUCUGCCUCUGUGGAUGGAGAUCACUCCAUGGGCUUCUUUCAAGAGCCUUAAAACCGUCUUACUACCGUACCCGCGUCACAUCAACCCCCCUGCCGAUCAAUGGGCGUUGAUCUUCGCAGGAAUCGACUCGCACGUGGAGCUGCUGACGUUGUCUGCAGCCCUGUUGAGGGACCGCCGCGAUUCCAUUCCCAAGGAAAUCGAGGCGUUGGCUGAGAUUGGUCCUGGGGAGGAGUGUAUCCGAUCGAGUGACAUUCGUUUAAAGGUGUCCCGUUCUUGCAUACGCUGGUAUAAUCGUGAUGGGUGGGAGAAAGUUUGGGCGUGCAUGUUAUGAAGCUGAGUACUAGGGGUGAUAUGAUAUGACAGACAUUAAUAUUAUAUAUGUAAUUGUACAUGCUGGCAUGUACACUUCUCGGCACACCUAAUGGACAUUCUAGAUGUAUCUUUUAUAAUUCCCACUACUUUAUACAUAUUAAUAUCACUCUCAUGGACCAUGA